UUUCCUUUGCCCUUUGGUAUUUGGGCCAAAAAGCGCGUUGCACUCCUCAGGGCAGCCCGAGCAGGAGCAGGGCCGAUGCCGUACGGUGAAAAGCGCCCAGAUUUUGGUGACCGUCAGCGUGAGAAGCGUUUCAGCAUCUUGUUUAUACUUCUCGCAGCUCCAUCAUGGCAGAAACUGCGGCCUCCCCGCUGAAGCACUUUGUGCUGGCCAAAAAGGCGAUCACUGCAAUCUUUGACCAGCUGUUGGACUACGUCACCGAAGGAGCGAGUUUUGUGGAAGCAACAUACAGGAACCCAGAACUCAAAAAUGUGGCAACUGAAGAUGAACUAGAAAAAGUACAGGCAUAUAAAAGCAAAUUGGUGGUCAUUGGUGAGGUGCUUUCACGGAGGCACAUGAAAGUGGCAUUUUUUGGCAGAACAAGCAGUGGAAAGAGUUCGGUCAUUAAUGCAAUGUUGUGGGAUAAGGUACUUCCUAGUGGGAUUGGACACACAACUAACUGCUUUCUCAGUGUAGAAGGGACAGAUGGUGAUAAAGCUUAUCUCAUGACAGAAGGAUCAGAUGAGAAGAAGAGUGUCAAGACUGUUAAUCAGCUUGCCCAUGCACUUCAUAUGGAUAAAGACUUGAAAGCUGGCUGCUUGGUCCAUGUCUUUUGGCCCAAGUCAAAGUGUGCCCUCCUGAGAGAUGACUUGGUUUUGGUGGACAGCCCUGGCACAGAUGUCACUACAGAGCUAGACAGCUGGAUUGACAAAUUCUGCUUAGAUGCUGACGUGUUUGUCUUGGUUGCUAAUUCAGAAUCAACUCUAAUGAAUACAGAAAAACACUUCUUUCAUAAAGUAAAUGAGCGGCUUUCCAAACCAAACAUCUUCAUCCUCAACAAUCGUUGGGAUGCUUCUGCCUCAGAGCCUGAGUAUAUGGAGGAUGUUCGCAGGCAGCACAUGGAGCGCUGUCUGACUUUCCUAGUUGAUGAGCUCAAAGUUGUUGAUCCUGCAGAAGCACAGAAUCGCAUCUUCUUUGUUUCAGCCAAGGAAGUUCUGAGUGCUAGAAAACAGAAGUCCCAAGGGUUGCCAGCGGAUGGUGGUGCACUCGCUGAAGGGUUUCAAACAAGAUUCCAGGAAUUUCAGAAUUUUGAGCAAAUAUUUGAGGAGUGUAUCUCGCAGUCAGCAGUGAAAACCAAGUUUGAACAGCACACUAUCAGAGCUAAACAGAUAAUAGACACUGUGAAAGACAUUAUGGAUUCCAUAAAUGUGGCAGCAGCAGAGAAAAGAGUCUAUUCAAUGGAAGAGCGAGAGGACCAGAAAGAUAGAUUGGACUUUGUUCAAAAUCAGCUGAAACUUUUAACAGAAGAUAUUAAGAGGAAAAUAAAGCAUGUGACCGAGGAUGUGGAGAGCAAGGUCUCUUCUGCUAUGACUGAUGAGAUUUGUCGCCUCUCUGUUUUGGUUGAUGAAUUCUGUGCUGAUUUUCACCCUUCUCCGCAAGUACUGCAGCUGUAUAAAAGCGAACUCAACAAACAUAUAGAGGAAGGUUUGGGGAAAAACCUGGCUGACCGCUGCUCCAGUGAAGUCAAUGAAUCAAUGCAUCUGUCCCAGCAGGAGAUGAUUGAAAAUGUGAAGCCGCUGUUGCCUUCUGGUGUUCAGAAUCAGCUCCACUUGCUAAUUCCAUGCAGGAAGUUUGACCUCAGCUACGACUUGAACUGUCAUAGUCUGUGCGCAGAUUUUCAAGAAGAUAUCGCAUUCCGCUUUUCCCUGGGAUGGGCCUCACUUGUCAACCGCUUCUUGGGCCCUAAGAAUGCCCAGAGGGUCCUACUAGGACUGGCAGAUCCAACUGUACAAAUCCCUCGUCCGCUAGCUUCCACUCCCUCCGCUGCCAGCAUUCCCGCUGUAACUCCAGAGAAUGUGUCACAGGAGGAACUUAUGGUUACUCUGGUAACGGGUUUAGCUUCACUGACAUCACGGACCUCUAUGAGCGUCAUCAUUGUUGGAGGAGUGGUCUGGAGAACUGUAGGCUGGAAACUCAUCACCCUUUCCAUGAGCCUGUAUGGAUUAUUGUAUGUCUAUGAGAGGCUGACCUGGACCACGAAAGCAAGAGAGAGAGCCUUCAAACAGCAGUUCGUAAACUAUGCGACUGAAAAGCUGCAGCAGAUCAUCACUUUUACUAGUGCAAAUUGCAGCCACCAAGUACAGCAGGAAAUGGCCACGACGUUUGCUCGGCUGUGUCAGCAAGUUGACAUUACAGAGAAAAACCUGGAGGAAGAAAUCGCCAGACUAUCCAAAGAAAUAAACCAGUUAGAGAAAAUCCAGAGUCGCUCAAAGCAGCUGAGAAACAAAGCCCUUCACCUGGACAACGAGCUGGAGCUUUUCACCAAGCAGUUUCUUCGGCAGAGCAAAUAGAGCGCGGCCCAGGAAACCGUGGGACACAGCCGACACAGUGCACUGACAGACUUCUCCCCAGGGAGGCCAUGAAUUAACUUUUAUUUAUAAAGUUACCUUGAUUAUCCCUGUCAGAUACUGUAAGGACCAGGUAUGGGCUUCACCUGUGACCAGCGUUGAGCCCCUGGGGCACGGAGAGGGUUGUGGCCACUUGAUUAAUUGGCAGAUUUUGAUAAAUGAUUUAUAUUUAGUGACAGGUAAUUUAUUCUUUGGAUGCUCAACAAUAAAAGAAACCUUCCACUCUGGAUGGUGCCUGCCCAGGGCAAACCCACUUCCUGGCAUCCAGGAGGAAGGCGCCCAUCCCUUCUCUCUCCUUCGGGCUAGCAACAGCCACACUCACAUGCCUCCUAAGGAAAAGGUGAACUUAGCAGGAGGGACAGGCUCCUUCAGCUGCUGAGCUAGGGCAGAAUCGAUUUGCUUGGGGCUGUAGCCCACCCCCCACCCCGCUGAGGGACUUGUUCCAUGGAACCAAACUCGAUAGCUCCCCUUCUUGGUCCUGGAUGCUUUGGGUUGAGGGAAAGAUGCAAUUUGUUACUUGAAGGAGGAGCAGUGUUUCCAGUAACCUGGGUGCCCUCGGGCUGGCAAAGCUGGACCAGCACCCCUAGGCCUGCUUGAAUGGCAGAACAGCGCUGCUAUAAUAGCCGUGUGAAUCGCCCGUGUGAUCAAACAUGAAAGCAAACCUCUACACAUGGGCUGCCUUGCCAGGCGGGUUUAGGAAUGGUUUGAAGUUAAGCAGCCCAAGUGGCUUGCAAUUUUGAGUUAGGCUCCUGCUGCUGGUUUGCCGGCCUCUGAACCAGCAACUGCUGAGACUGGAAAGAUAUUUCGUGACAUGAAGAGUUGCAGGCUCAGCUGCAGCGCAGCUUUGUAGCUCUCCAGGUUCUGUCCAGGAUUAAUGGAUACAAGAUGUGAAGAUCAAGGGAAACUAUGUAGCUGUGCCCUGACUGCUUUGUCUACUGGAAAAAUACCAGCUGCAGUGGGAAAAAUAGCAGCCUAGCACUGUUAGACUGUUAUCACUGAGGUGCCUGUUCAUUUCAAACCUGGGUCUUUGGAAACACGUGGCCAGUGCACCCUCUCUGUUCUGGGUUUAAACAGUUGAGCAUGUGGCUAUUUCACCCUUGCUAGCCUGCCAGAAGCCAACCCUCAUCCCCCAACUAACAGAUAGUGGCACUGAGUGCCAAGUGCUGCAUCUUCAAACCUGAUAAACCUGUAUUUUGUAAACAGGCUUUUUAAUAACUUAGUUUAGGGGGGUGAGGAUGUUUAUAUAUUUUUUAUGAAAGUAUUACAUUUUAAUUGAACAAAUUCAGGUUUAAAACCAAAAUGAAAUGAAAAGUUGCUAUGGCUUAAGAAGCCAGUUCGUAUUUUUUCCCCCAAUUGUUGCAGUGGUACUUGGCAUCGGCAAUCCUAACCUUCAAACAAAGGGCUAACGAAAUGUAUCUUGGGGUUUUUUUUGAUAGCGACAUACUUCAUUUUGAGGUCAGGAACCAACCACUCACUCCUAUCGAUUUGUUAACUUCUGUGCUUUAACAUGGAGCUACAUGUUGCAUUAGAAGUGGUCCAGUAGUAUGAUUUUAUUCAUCUUCAUAUAAGGGAAGAUACCACUACACAGUGGUUACUUUGGAAACCUCUACCGUUCUGUGUGUGGGAUGGGACUGGUUAAAGGGCUGCAGUUCUGAGGCCAACUUCUUGUGAAAGCAGGAUAACAACCCAGCCCAGGAGUAGUACAGAAGUGAUGCAAGUGUACUUACUUUGCAGGUAUCUAUUCAGGUUGUUUUUUCAAAGCAUUUAGAGACACUGUAGCAGACUUUGUACAUGCAUGUGACUUACAGCUACUUGCGUAGUCAGUGAGAACGCAACGCAUCAAGGGGGCAGCCUCUAGCAGAUGGCAGCUGUUUUAGCUUCCAUCCUCCAUACAGCGAUCUUGUGUUUGAAAGGUCGGCAAUACACUACAGCACUUGUAUUAAAAUCAAAACCAGUGGCUACUACAGGGUGGUUUGUUUGGGGCUGAUUUGCAGCCUGGCUGCAGUCCAAGAAUUAAGCAAAGGUUUUCUUAGGGAGCCUGUGGCUCACAGGUUUCACCAGGGGAAAUUCAAAGCAUGAGACCCUAGGACUCAGGAUUGCUCCACGUGUGGAAACCAGAACUGACUGUGCGUGUGACAAUCAGUAUUGCUGUCCCCAGGUGCUUCACCCAGCCUGAGGCUGAAAGAAGGUUGGAGCCCUGUAAAUAAGGAAUAAAAUUCAGAAAUAUUUUUAUGGCAGAGUGGACGUGGUUUUGUACAAGGUCCUCCUUUUACUUUACUUACAUCUGCAAUAAAGAAAAGCUCAGCU